AUGGUGCAGCAAACCAACAACGCCGAGAACACGGAAGCGCUGCUGGCCGGCGAGAGUUCGGACUCCGGAGCCGGCCUCGAGCUGGGCAUCGCCUCCUCCCCCACGCCGGGCUCCACCGCCUCUACGGGCGGCAAGGCCGACGACCCAAGCUGGUGCAAGACGCCGAGCGGGCAUAUCAAGCGACCCAUGAACGCCUUCAUGGUGUGGUCGCAAAUCGAGCGGCGCAAGAUCAUGGAGCAGUCGCCGGACAUGCACAACGCCGAGAUCUCUAAGCGGCUGGGCAAACGCUGGAAGCUGCUCAAAGACAGCGACAAGAUCCCUUUCAUUCGGGAGGCGGAGCGGCUGCGCCUCAAGCACAUGGCUGACUACCCCGACUACAAGUACCGGCCCAGGAAGAAGGUGAAGUCUGGCAAUACCAACUCCAGCUCCUCGGCCGCCGCCUCUUCCAAGCCGGGGGAGAAGGGAGACAAGGUCGGUGGCAGCGGCGGGGGUAGCCAUGGGGGCGGCGGUGGCGGGAGCAGUAACGCGGGGGGAGGAGGCAGUGGCGCGAGCGGCGGCGGCGCCAACUCCAAACCCGCGGUGAAAAAGAGCUGCGGCUCCAAAGUGGCGGGCGGCGCGGGCGGCGGGGUCAGCAAACCGCACGCCAAACUGAUCCUAACGGGCGGCGGCGGCAAAGCGGCGGCCGCCACCUCCGCCUCCUUCGCUGCCGAGCAGGCUGGGGCAGCCGCCUUGCUGCCCCUGGGCGCCGCCGCCGCUGCCGACCACCACUCUCUAUACAAGGCGCGGACUCCCAGUACCUCCUCGGCGUCCUCGGCCGCCGCCGCCGCUCCGGGCAAGCACCUGGCCGAGAAAAAGGUGAAGCGCGUCUACCUGUUCGGCGGCUUGGGCGCAUCGUCGUCUCCUGUUGGCGGCGUGGGCGCGGGUGCCGACCCCAGCGACCCCCUGGGCCUGUACGAAGAAGGGGGCGCAGGCUGCUCGCCCGACGGGCCGAGCCUCAGUGGCCGCAGUAGCGCCGCCUCGUCGCCAGCCGCCGGCCGCUCGCCGGCCGACCAUCGCAGCUACGCCAGCUUGCGCGCCGCCUCACCCGCCCCGUCUAGCGCGCCCUCGCACGCGUCCUCCUCGGCCUCGUCGCACUCCUCCUCCUCCUCUUCCUCCUCCUCUUCGGGUUCCUCGUCCUCCGACGACGAAUUUGAAGACGAUCUACUCGACCUGAACCCCAGCUCAAACUUUGAGAGCAUGUCCCUGGGCAGUUUCAGCUCUUCGUCAGCGCUGGACCGGGACCUAGAUUUUAACUUCGAGCCCGGCUCCGGCUCGCACUUCGAGUUCCCGGACUACUGCACGCCCGAGGUGAGCGAGAUGAUCUCAGGAGACUGGCUCGAGUCCAGCAUCUCCAACCUAGUCUUCACCUACUGA